UACUACGUGGAGAUGACGGUGGGGAGCCCCCCGCAGAAGCUGAACAUCCUGGUAGACACAGGAAGCAGUAACUUUGCUGUGGGCGCUGCCCCCCAUCAGUUUCUGCAGCGCUACUACCAGCGCCAGCUCUCCAGCACUUACCGGGAUCUGCGGAAGGGUGUCUAUGUGCCCUACACGCAGGGGAAGUGGGAAGGAGAGCUUGGCACUGACUUGGUGGCCAUCCCUCACGGCCCAAACGUCACAGUCCGUGCCAACAUCGCCGCCAUCAUCAAGUCGGACAAGUUCUUUAUCAACGGCUCCAACUGGGAAGGCAUUCUGGGCUUGGCAUACGCCGAGAUUGCUCGGCCGGAUGACAGCCUGGAGCCCUUCUUUGACUCGCUGGUGAAGCAAACCCAGGUGGCCAACAUCUUCUCCCUGCAGCUGUGCGGAGCAAGCUUCCCGACCAACGACUCUGAAACCCUGGCAUCCGUGGGGGGCAGCAUGAUCAUUGGCGGCAUCGACCAGACCCUCUAUAGGGGCAAUAUCUGGUACACGCCCAUCCGGAAGGAAUGGUACUAUGAGGUUGUCAUAGUCAAGAUUGAGAUCAACGGGCAGGAUCUCCAGAUGGACUGCAAGGAGUACAAUUACGACAAGAGCAUCGUGGACAGUGGCACCACCAACCUGAGGCUGCCCCGGAAGGUCUUUGAGGCAGCCGUGAAGUCCAUCAAGACAGCUUCCUCGACAGAGAAGUUUCCGGAUGGCUUCUGGCUGGGGGAGCAGUUGGUUUGCUGGCAAGUGGGAACAACCCCCUGGAACAUCUUCCCAGUCAUCUCGCUCUACCUGAUGGGCGAGACCACUAACCACUCCUUCCGGAUCAGCAUCCUGCCCCAGCAAUACCUGAGGCCUGUUGAGGAUGUGGCCACCUCCCAGGACGAAUGCUACAAGUUUGCCGUCUCCCAGUCCUCCACCGGCACCGUCAUGGGAGCCGUGAUCAUGGAGGGCUUCUACGUGGUCUUUGACCGGGCUCAGAAGCGCAUUGGCUUCGCUGUCAGUACUUGCCACGGAUGCAUUCCGGACGGCUGCAGUGGACGGGCCUUUCCUGCACCCCAACAUGGAGGACUGUGGCUACAACAUCCCCCAGACGGAUGAGUCGACGCUGAUGACCAUUGCGUACAUCAUGGCAGCCAUCUGCGCCCUCUUCAUGCUCCCCCUCUGCCUCAUGGUCUCGCAGUGGCGC